GACAUGCUGGACGAUGUGUUUGCACAGGCCAAUGAAAGGAGGGCAAGAGCAAUCAACAAGAUGAUGCCACCGCAUCCGGAUGCAACACCAUGCAAGCCGAGCAGCAUGCGCAAAAGAACACAAAAGAGCACACCAGUGGACAUGACCCCGACACCGACUCCAGGAGCAAAGCACCACAAGCAGGUCCAGCAGCAGAGCCCCGCAGCUGUGACUGGGGAUACCCCUGUGCUGAAGCAGAAACUCAGCUUCAGUGACGAGUCUACGACUGAUGCCCCGGCAGGAUCCACCACUGCCUCUGUGAACAGCUCUACAGCCUCCUGUGCGGGGUCUCUGGGAAGCUUGGCAGGCAACUGA